AUGGCGGCAGCGUCGCCGGUGUACGUCUACAGCCCGGAGUACCUCGCCCUCUGCGACUCCCUCUGCAAAGUGCCCAAGCGGGCCAGUAUGGUACAUUCACUGAUUGAAGCAUAUUCCUUGCUUGACCAGAUGAAGAUAAUCAAGCCCAAAGUGGCCUCCAUGGAGGAGAUGGCGAGCUUCCAUACAGAUGCUUACUUGCAGCACCUGCAGAAAGUCAGUGAGGAGGGAGAUGAUGAUCAUCCGGAGUCUGUGGAGUAUGGACUGGGUUACGACUGUCCAGCUACCGAAGGGAUCUUUGACUAUGCAGCAGCCGUGGGAGGAGCAACCAUCACUGCAGCCCAGUGCCUGCUGGAUGGCAUGUGCAAGGUAGCAAUUAACUGGCCUGGAGGGUGGCAUCAUGCAAAGAAAGAUGAAGCUUCUGGCUUCUGUUACCUGAACGAUGCUGUCCUGGGGAUCCUGCGACUGCGCCAGAAGUUUGACCGUAUCCUUUACAUAGAUUUGGAUUUGCAUCAUGGGGAUGGCACUGGUGAUGUGACAGACGUUGGCCUGGGGAAGGGUCGUUACUACAGUGUGAAUGUACCUAUUCAAGAUGGCAUUCAAGAUGAGAAGUAUUACCAGAUCUGUGAAGCGGUGCUGAAAGAGGUGUACAGUGCUUUCAACCCCGAGGCAGUUGUGCUGCAGCUGGGGGCUGACACCAUCGCUGGAGAUCCCAUGUGUUCUUUCAACAUGACUCCCGAGGGAGUGGGCAAGUGCCUCAAGUAUGUCCUGCAGUGGCAGCUAGCAACUCUCAUCCUGGGAGGAGGAGGCUACAAUCUUGCCAACACAGCACGCUGCUGGACAUACUUGACUGGGGUCAUCCUUGGGAGAACUCUGUCCUCUGAGAUCCCUGAUCAUGAGUUCUUCACAGAGUAUGGUCCUGAUUACGUGCUGGAGAUCACACCAAGCUGCAGACCAGACCGCAAUGAGCCACAGAGAAUUCAAGAAAUUCUUAACUGUAUCAAAGGGAAUCUGAAGCAUGUUGUUUAGCAGAGAAGAAAAGCUCAGGUUUCCACAAGAGCAUUUCCUGCGUGAAAGAUGGCGUGUUUCUGUGAGCUGCUGGUAAAAUUUGUGGCUGCAGAGGAAAUUUGGAAGAAAUUGUUGUUGGUUAGUUGUUCUCUUUAAAGAAUAAAAGCUGCUGUGCACCAGGAGCACUGUGGCUCUCCCCAGGCAGGGGUGUGAGUGCUCCAGCCACAGCCUUCUGGUGCUGGCAGAUCCUUGCUUCUUCCUUUUUAAACAUCACACAGUUUAUUCUCACAACUGGUUUUAAAUGUUUUUUAAAAGAGAGGCUGCUCAAAGCUGUGAACCCUCCCUAGCUGGAGCCCACCACCACAUUGGCCUUCUUGGCAGGAGCGUGGCUUCUGACCUGCCUGCCUGGAGAACAAUGCCAAAAAGCCAACUGUGUCCUGGGGCAUGGGCUGUGCUUCCUUCCCAGGGAAAGGCAUAGCCAUUGUGUUUUCAA